AACAGUUCUUCCAAUCUCGGUGGCAAUCUGUUUUUGGUUGACCUGUGUAUCGAUCGGCUUCCCUGUGAUUGCCUAUCCAUCUAUCCCUCUAUCCAUCUGUCCGUCUGUCUGUUCAUCUCCGUUGAAUUCCCACCACCUCUCGCACUCAUCAACAUGCAAGCUAUCCAGGUCAAGCAAUACGUCAAGGGACCUCUAGACCUUCAGGUCACGACUCUUCCGACGCUCUCUCCAUCCGCGACAGAUUACUUGAUCGAGGUCCACUCAGCAGGGACCAACUUCUUUGACCUGCUUCAAAUCCAAGGCAAAUACCAACAUCAGCCGCCCCUGCCCUGGAUCGCGGGUGCCGAGUUCGCCGGGACUGUGUUGGCUGUACCAACCGCGCAGACAACAUCACGAUUUAAGGUUGGAGAUCGAGUCUUCGGCGCCACACAAGGCGCCUACGCCACCCACGUCCAGGCCCCGGAGCACACUCUUCUGCCGGUGCCAGCGGGUUGGAGCUUCGAAGAUGCAGCGGGUCUCUUUGUCACGGCCCCUACCUCUUACGGUGGCAUCGUGCACCGCGGGAACGUGCAGCCGGGCGAAUGGGUUCUCGUUCAUGCGGCGGCCGGCGGAGUCGGGCUGGCUGCCAUACAGAUCGCCAAAGCGAAGGGCGCAACCGUAGUUGCCACUGCUAGUACGGAGCGGAAGCGCCAGGUUGCGCGCCAGUUCGGGGCGGACCAUGUCAUUGAUUACCGCAACAAGAGCUGGCCGGAAGAGGUGAAGCGGUUGUGUGCGCAGCAUCGGACAGGUAAUGGGAAGGCCGGGGUGGAUGUUGUUUAUGACCCUGUGGGGAUGAUCGAGGCUAGCCUGAAAUGUGUGGCGUGGAAUGCGCGACUCCUGGUAAUCGGGUUCGCGGCGGGCAAGAUCGAGAAGGUGGCAUUGAACCGGGUGCUGCUGAAGAAUGUCAGUUUGAUUGGGCUGCACUGGGGCCAGUAUGCGCGGUUUGAGAAAGAGACGUCGGCAACGGUCUGGAAGGGGAUCUUCGAUCUUGUGGCCCAGGGCAAGUUCAAAGGCACGGCCUUCAAGGAUGAGAGCUUUGUGGGCUUGGAGAGUGUGCCUCGGGCUUUACAGGCGCUGGGAGGGCGGGAAACAUGGGGGAAGGUUGUGGUGAAGAUCAUCGACGAUGCCGGAAAGAGUAAACUGUAAGACCGAGGGCAGAUUUUCUUCGGUAUUUACCGGGGCUACUGUCCCAAAAAGGGUGUGAUGUGAGAAAGGAGACCAUGUCAAAGCACUGAUUAAUUCAUAUGUCCAUUGGGAACUAUCUGUCA